GUAGCGUCGUUGCCCGCGCAGAGUUGUUUUGUGUUUUGUGUGUCCGCACACAAUCAAGAUAUAAAUUUUUCAUUUUAAAGCGUGCCAAAAUAUUACCUAUAAAAUAAAAUACAAUGCCCCGCGCCAAGGCCACAAAAAAACAAGUAGAGGAGCCUCUAGCUGUAGCUGCCGCUACGACAAAUGGAAGUGCCGAGAAUGAAAACGCCGGUAGUAAAGAUGCUGAUGAUGCCAAGGUGCUGACGAAGGGGAAGCCACGCGCUAAAAAAACAACCAAAAAGACAACCGCAGCAGCAAACCCGGAGCCAGACCAAGUGGAAAACUCACAGCCCCCCGCUGCACGUGGCGGCAGGAAGAAGCAGUACAAGGAGGAAGAGGAGAAUGUCGAAAAAGUUCCGAAGGCUCCAAAAGGACGUAAGCAGAUGGCAAGUACCGAGCCGGAUGUAAUUGAGGAAGCUGCUCCAAAAGCUAGCAAAGCAGUCAAGUCUCGGGCCAAAAAAGAAAAACAGCCUGAAGAGGAAGUAGAGGAAGAACCAGCUGCAGCACCAGCACCACCCCAGGGACGCGCCAAGAGAGGAAAAGCGACAGCUGUCGUGGAAUCGGCUCCAAAGGAAACAAACGCGCGGGGACGCAAGAGGAAAGACCCCUCAGAAGACGCUGAUGCAGUGGUGGAAGAAGCAGAACCGACAAAACAAAGAGCGAAAAAAGAUCACCCACCCUUGAUCGCGCCAGAGCCAGCGCAGAAGGCAAAGGAGGAUACAACCGAGACAACAACCAAGCGGGCGCGAGUUAACAAGCGUCUGGCAGAUUCGGAAAUUGCUGAGGUUCUUGAGGAAGAUGAUGUGCCUCCAGAGCCACCAAAGGCUACCAAUAAGCGUACAAAGAAAGCGGCGAAAGCUGGGGAAAACGGUGUACAAGCUGAGCCUGUGACUCUAGGGGAUUCCACGGAGGAAGCUAAAGCCGAUUCAGUGCCCACAAAGGCCACCAACAAGCGAACUAAAAAAGUAACAGAACCCGAAGCUGUGCCCACAGUGGCAGCAAAGCCCACUAAGCAGCGAGCCAAAAAGGAAGCCAAGGAGGAACCCGAACCAGCUGCCAGAAAAAAACGGGAGCAGAAGGCCUCCGCCAAAAAGGAGAGCGAGGUGGAGCUGCCAGAGCCGGCUGAAAGCAAGCCGGUUCGCGGUCGGAAAAAAGCCGCCACAAAAACGGAAGAAGCUAUUGAAGAUGAUGCGAUUGAUGGGUCGAAAAGUAUGUUGGUUGAGUCGUCCGGUUGCGGUGGCGGUGCAGUAUUGAAAAGCUUGCACAACAUGCUUAACUUUUGUUUUCCAGCAUCCAAGGAGAAGGCCAAGAAGGCGGAGAAGGCUGUAGAAGCAAAAGUAAAUUUGGAUAAAGCUGACUUCGCACUGCCAGCUGAAAAGGCAUUCAAUUUAAAAAUCUGCAGCUGGAACGUGGCUGGCCUUAGAGCAUGGCUGAAGAAGGACGGUCUGCAGGUUUUGACUCUUGAGGAGCCAGAUAUAUUUUGUCUGCAAGAAACAAAAUGCUCAAACGAGCAACUGCCCGACGAAAUGACCAAUGUGCCGGGCUAUCACCCGUAUUGGUUGUGCAUGCCAGGCGGCUAUGCUGGGGUGGCCAUAUACAGCAAGAUUAUGCCCAUUAAUGUCGAGUACGGCAUUGGAAACGAGGAGUUUGAUGAUGUGGGACGCAUGAUAACCGCAGAGUAUGAGAAGUUCUAUUUGAUAAAUGUUUAUGUUCCGAAUUCGGGUCGCAAGCUGGUUAACUUGGAGGCCCGCAUGCGAUGGGAGAAGCUGUUCCAGUCCUAUGUGCAGAAGCUUGACGCUUUGAAGGCGGUCGUUAUCUGUGGCGAUAUGAAUGUGUCCCAUAGCGAAAUCGAUUUGGAAAACCCGAAGACAAACACCAAAAAUGCAGGCUUCACCAAAGAGGAGCGGGAUAAGAUGACGGAGCUGCUUGGCCUAGGAUUCGUGGAUACCUUCAGGCAUUUGUAUCCCGACAAGAAAGGCGCCUACACAUUCUGGACCUACAUGGCCAACGCACGGGCUCGCAAUGUAGGCUGGCGUCUCGACUAUUGCAUUGUCUCGGAGCGAUUUGUUUCGCGUGUAGUGGACCAUGUGAUGCGAAAGCAACUCCUUGGCAGCGAUCAUUGCCCAAUUACUGUAUUCUUUAAUAUUUAAAGUUCAUUCCAUCUUCUUUUGUUUUAUGUUUUUUAAUUUGUAUGUUUACGUCUAUUUUUCCUUCAUAUAAUUGUACCGCCUGUUGCAUUUUGUAACAUGCGGCAUACACCUACGAAUACAUUUUGUUGUAGAUCGACCAAGCUCGGUAUUUAAAUAUA